AUGGCGAGAAUGCCUGCCAGCGGAGAUACGGAGCAGGAGCAGAUGAGCUGCCCCGAGAGGAGCAGGGAUGAAGAGGAGGAGGAGGAGGAAGAUGAGGACGAGAUCCAGGAGGUCCAAAUCACCGGAGAGGAAGAGGACGAGGAGUCUGAUAAAGAUGGUGUGGAGCAGGAGUGGGAGUCAGGGAGCCCAGUGCUGGACCACAGCGGUUCCGCCGCGGAGACACCAGCGGUCGUUAUGCGGAGUAUGGACCGAGGAGAAGAGGAGGGGGAUGCGGACCCCUUCAGCAGCAGCAUCCCCGCUGGGCUGGACUCUCACCUGGAGGGAGACCUUCAGCACUCAGAGCGGAACAGACUGAGCGAGAACACCCGCCUGGCCACCCGGUACGCAGUGAGAAUCUUCAGGGAGUACCUCAGUGAAAAAGCCCAAAGUCCAGACUUUGAAACUCUGGACAAGGAGGCGCUCUGCGCGGUGCUGCGCUCCUUUUACGCGGAGGCGCGCUCCAAAAGUGGCCAGUUGUACAGUAAGUCCUCCCUCAUCAGCAUCCGGAGCUCACUGAACCGGUACCUGAACGAGCCGCCCAACUGCCGCACCUUGGAUCUCACCAAGGACCCAGAGCUGCGCAGCGCCAACCUGACCCUGGCUGCGGUCAUAAGGAGGCUGGAGGAGCAGGGUGCGGGGCCAGUGGUGCAGAAACAAGCCAUCACGCGCUCGGACCUGCGGAAACUGUACGAGUCCUCAGUGUUCAACACUGACACUCCGUUUGGACUGCUCAACAAAGUCUGGUUCGAGACCUGCAUGUAUUUCUGCACCAGGGGCCGAGAGAACCAGCGGGAGUUAGAGGAGGACUCGUUCGGUCUGGCUGUGGAUGAGGACGGGAGAAAGUUCGUGUAUUUUAAAGCUCUUGGACCUUAUCACAAGUCCCGCUCCGCCGCCUGGACCAAGAAGCGUCCGGACUCAGACGAAGACACCCUGCCGAGGAUGUACGAGACCGGCACGGAGCUGUGUCCGUACGCCAGCUUCGUCCGGUACGUGUCUAAACGGAACCCGCUCUGCAGGGCGUUCUUCCAGCGGCCCCGGGACCACUGCUGCGCGAGCGACGUGACGUGGUACGAGAACAAAGCCAUAGGUAAGAACCUGUUGGGCACGAGGAUGCAGAUGUUGUCGCGUGCCGCCAAGCUCUCCAAGACCUACACCAACCACUGCAUCGGUGCCGUCUCCAUAGCAACGCUCAACAGCAUCGUGGGCGCCACUGGCUCCAAGCAGACGACGACGCUCUACGUUGCCUCGGAAACGGUCAACGGCCACGCGCAAUCCCACCUCCAGCUCGUGAUCCCUUACCUGCGCCGGGUCACCGAUGAUGAGGACGUGAAGCCGCAGAGAGCAACAUCAGCAUCAGCAGCAACAACAACCAUAAACACAUCAACUACAACAACAGCUGUGAGGAGAGUGAGUGCAGAGGAACACCCAGGGGCUCCACUCCACAAGAAGCUGUGCGUGCGCCCCAGGACACUCGCGGAGUCUCCUGUGGAACAGAAGGAGAGCGACCCGCUGCCCGCGAGAUCACAGGAGUCCCAUAUUCAUACACAGCCAGCCGUCCGGUCUCCAGCCAGCGCUCCCACACAGGUAACACACAGCAUGAUGAGUCAGCAGCUGGUCUCUGUAUCUUCUGCGUCUCCACUGAGCUCAGCCGGCAUCCCCACCCCCGCCCAGCUCACCAAAACCAAUGCACCUGUCCACAUCGAUGUAGGAGGACACAUGUACACCAGCAGCCUGGCCACGCUCACCAAGUAUCCUGAGUCACGGAUCGGUCGUCUGUUCGAUGGAACGGAGCCCCUUGUGUUGGACAGUCUAAAGCAGCACUACUUCAUCGAUCGAGACGGCCCCAUGUUCCGCUACAUACUCAACUUCCUCCGGACCUCCAAACUCCUCAUCCCAGAUGACUUCAAAGAGUACUCCCUGCUGUACGAGGAGGCCACUUUCUUUCAGCUGGCUCCUCUGCAGGCCGAGCUGGAGCGCUGGAGGAGCGAGCGGGAACGUGAGCGCACGUGCCGGGAGAGCGAAUGCGUCGUGGUUCACGUGGCUCCGGAGCUGGGCGAGAGGAUCAGUGUGAGCGCCCUCCCCGCCGUCAUCGAGGAGGUUUUCCCAGAGGUCGUAGACGGCAUGUGCAAUUCCCUAAACGCCAGCUGGAACCACAACUCCACACACGUCAUCUGCUUCCCGCUCAACAGCUACUGCCACCUCAACUCUGUACAGGUGUUGGAGCGGUUACAGCAGAGAGGGUUCUGGAUCACGGGCUCAUGCGGUGGCGGCGUGGACUCUUCUCAGUUUAGUGAAUACAUUCUACGAAGGGAGGGCCGAGGCAGCUGGCAGCCCCCCACCCUUAUAAGAAUCAAACAGGAACUGCUGGACUGA